UCUUUGUUUUUUUCAUUAGGGUUUUAGAUUUCUUCUCUCAGAGAUUUUUAUUUUUUUCCGAAAGCUUCAGAGAGAUUUUUCAACGUCGGCAGCCAUGGCGAGCACCAAAGUUCAAAGGAUUAUGACCCAGCCUAUCAACUUGAUUUUUAGGUUUCUCCAAAGUAAAGCUAGGAUCCAGAUUUGGCUGUUUGAGCAGAAAGAUUUGAGGAUUGAAGGAAGAAUCACUGGUUUUGAUGAAUACAUGAAUCUAGUGUUGGAUGAAGCUGAAGAAGUAAGCAUCAAGAAGAACACCAGGAAACCACUUGGAAGGAUUCUACUCAAAGGAGACAACAUAACUCUGAUGAUGAACACGGGAAAGUGAUGUCUGUCUAAACAAACUCUGUGGUGGAUUCGUAGAUCUCGGUUUUUCAUUGACCUUCAAGCUUAUGUUAAAUAUGUGUUGAGUUCUUCCUCAGUUUAAUUGGUGGUACUUUGACUAUGCUUUCUUUUCUUCAAUGUCGUAUUAUAUAUUACAAUGUAGUGGAACCUCUGAGAUAUUAAGGAGCUUGAUCGAAUCUAGUGGAUUGGUUAAAACUUCAAAAGAUGAUCUUUUGUCCCUUUUGGUGUAUACUGUAAUUUGGAGUUUUCUUUACUUAAACGGCAUAAUAUUUUUGUU